AUGAUUCUUAUAAUCCGCUCCCGUAAGGCUCUCUGCUUGCACUUUUUCUUCCUCUUCUACACUGACUCAUCUGUCUUUGUUUUUUUCUAUGUUGAGGUUAAAUACGAAAGUGUAUCACUUCCUCUAUCUUCUUUUUUUUUUUUUUUUUUCUUUUUCUUUUCUUUCUUUUUUCUUUCUUUUAUCUUUUUUUCUUUUAUCUUUCUUUUCUUUUUCUUUCUUUCUUUUAUCUUUAUUUUGCUUUCUUUUUUUUUCUUUUUUUUUUUCUUUUCUUUUCUUUUUCUUUUCUUUCCUUCUUUUCUUUUUCUUUUCUUUCUUUCAUUUAUUCUUUCUUUCUUUCUCUUUCUUUCUUUCUUUCUUUCUUUUUCUUUCUUUUUUUCUCACUUUCUUUCUUUCUUCUUUCUUUCUUCCUUUGUUCUUUCUUUCUUUUUUCUUUCUUAUUAUUAUUUUAUAUGCUUCCUCUAA